AUGGACACGAAAGUGAUUUCAACGGGAAUCCGUUAUACCAACCUGCCGGAAAGUUAUGUGCGACCGGAGUCAGAGAGGCCAAAACUAUCCGAGGUCGAAGUCUGCGAAGACGUUCCCGUGAUUGACAUGGGCUGUGGAGACAGAGCUUCAAUAAUACACCAAAUAGGAGAUGCUUGCCGAGCAUAUGGCUUUUUCCAGGUGUUGAAUCAUGGAGUGUCGAAGGAGGGGGUGGAGGAAAUGCAGGGAGUGGCGAAGGAGUUCUUCCGGCUGCCGGUGGAGGAAAAGAUGAAGUUGUACUCCGACGACCCAUCGAAGACGAUGAGACUGUCCACGAGCUUCAACGUGAGGAAGGAGAAAGUUCACAAUUGGAGAGAUUAUCUGAGGCUCCACUGUUAUCCUGCGGAAAAAUACGUACCCGAGUGGCCUUCAAAUCCCUCUUCCUUCAAGUAA